UUCAGCCCUUCCCCUUCCCUUUUGCACUUUGAUCGUGCUGUGCUAUUGAGCAACAAUGGACCUCGUUCAAUGCAAUGCAACAUACUCUCACCGCCAUUCCUACAACAGACACACACACACGCACAAAUGUCGGACGACGAACGACUUACGCGUAUCGCCAUCGUGUCCUCGGACAAGUGCAAGCCGAAAAAGUGCCGGCAAGAGUGCAAAAAGUCGUGCCCGGUCGUCCGCAUGGGCAAGCUGUGCAUUGAAGUCGCGCCGACCGACAAGAUUUCGUACAUUUCAGAAGAGCUGUGCAUUGGUUGCGGCAUCUGCGUCAAGAAGUGCCCGUUCGAGGCCAUCAGCAUUAUCAACCUGCCGUCCAACCUCUCGAAGGAAACGACCCACCGUUACUCUGCCAACUCGUUCAAGCUGCAUCGCCUGCCCACGCCGCGCGCUGGCCAGGUCCUCGGUCUUGUCGGCAAGAACGGUAUCGGCAAGUCGACCGCACUCAAGAUUCUUGCGGGCAAGCAGAAGCCCAACCUCGGUCGCUUUGAAAACCCGCCGGACUGGGCUGACAUUCUCACCCGCUUCCGCGGCUCUGAGCUCCAGAACUACUUUCAAAAGAUUCUCGAGGACAACCUCAAGGCCAUCAUCAAGCCCCAGUACGUCGACAACCUGCCCAAGGCUGUUCAAGGCAAGGUGCAGGAGAUUCUGGACAAGAAGGACGAUCGCAAAAACCAGGACGUUGUCAAGCCCAUGUUGGAUCUGACCAACCUCACCGAGCGCAACAUUGAAGACCUCUCUGGUGGUGAGCUCCAGCGCUUUGCCAUUGGUGUCGUCGCCGUGCAGAACGCCGACGUCUACAUGUUUGACGAGCCUUCGUCCUACCUCGAUGUCAAGCAGCGUCUCAACGCCGCCCGGAUGAUUCGUCACCUCAUCACCGCCAAGAACUACAUUAUCGUUGUCGAGCACGAUUUGUCCGUCCUCGAUUACCUUUCGGACUUUAUCUGCGUUCUCUACGGCGUCCCCGGUGCCUACGGUGUCGUCACCAUGCCCUUCUCGGUCCGUGAAGGCAUCAACAUUUUCCUCGACGGUGUCAUCCCCACUGAAAACCUGCGAUUCCGCGAGUCUGCGCUCACCUUCAAGAUGUUUGAGACUGCCGACAAGGAGGAGUCGAUCAAGCGCUUCAGCCGCUUCCAAUACCCCAAGAUGAAGAAGACCUUGGGCGACUUCUCGCUCCAAGUGGAGGCGGGUGACUUUUCAGAUUCCGAAAUUCUCGUCAUGCUCGGCGAGAACGGCACGGGCAAGACCACCUUCAUUCGCAUGCUUGCCGGUCUCUUGCAAGCCGACACUGAGGAGCAAGUCCCCGCCCUCAACGUCAGCUACAAGCCCCAAAAGAUUGCGCCCAAGUUCACCGGCUCGGUCCGCCAGCUGCUCCACAAGAAGAUUCGCGAGGCAUCCAUCCACCCUCAGUUCAACACUGACGUCCUCAAGCCACUCGAGCUCGAGUCGCUCAUGGACCAGGAGGUUGUCAACCUCUCUGGUGGUGAGCUCCAACGCGUCGCCAUCACCCUCUGCCUCGGCACCCCUGCCGAUAUCUACCUCAUUGACGAGCCCUCUGCCUACCUCGAUUCCGAGCAGCGUAUCAUCACCGCCAAGGUCAUUAAGCGAUUUAUUUUGCACGCCAAGAAGACUGGUUUCAUUGUCGAGCACGAUUUCAUCAUGGCCACUUACAUGGCUGAUCGCGUUAUUGUCUUUGACGGCCAGCCAUCUGUUGCUACUCGCGCCAACACUCCUCAAUCUCUGCUUAACGGGAUGAACUCCUUCCUCAAGUCGCUCGACAUUACCUUCCGUCGUGAUCCGACCAACUUCCGCCCGCGCAUCAACAAGCUUGACUCUGUCAAGGAUCGCGAGCAAAAGACUGCCGGCAACUUCUUCUUCUUGGAAGACUAAGUCCGGUCUGAAGGCAUUUUCUUGGUUAAUCCGUGACGCAGGCUCGGCGAGCUAGUUUCUGUUCUCGUUUGAGAACUGCCACUUUCACACUGCUUCAAGGCUGUUCUUUUGGUUGGACAGACUUGAGUGGUCAUUUGCAUGCUUGCGUCUACUCUCCUCCUCCUCCUCCUCCUCCUCCUCCUCCUCCUCCUCCUCCUCCUCGUUUUCCUUCCUUCUUGUUCUCACCACUGUAUUCAUAGAUGCCGGGUGGAAAAAAUUUGAUUUCGUGAUAUUUUCGCCAUUAAAUGAUUUGACAAUUUC